AAAAAAUAAAACAACCGCCCAACCCAAGUCGUAAUUAUUUAUUCAAAAAAGUAAUAUAAUUACACAUCACAAGAAAUAAUUCACCUUGAUACAAAACUUCUAUGUUUUCAGAUCACUUUAAAUCCACAAAGAUUGCACCAAAAUACAACGAUUUUUAGGAGUAAUUCUAGAAGAAGAACGUACAGACCGACCACCGAGUCAAUUCUAAAAGACCGAGAUGACGGCAACGUUCAAACGGUCCAAGGAAUUAUGACAAGCUUAAAACCUGAAUCAUACACAUCAACGGAAUCAAUUCGGAAACAAUAUUUUCGGAAUAGAAACCGAUCAAAACCACCAAAAGUCCAAAUAACAACUACGAGUGUUAAUCGAUUUAUUGAAACUGUUGGAAUGACGGAUCAGGCAUCAGAUUCAAGUAAUCAACAAUUAAAUAAUAAAGAUACCGAACCACCGUUAACUAUAAAUGAAGUAAAUCGUGCAGUUAAUCGGAGUAAACAACCUCAACAAGGUCCGUUAAAAUUAACUUUAUUUCCUCGAGAUGAAACGAUCCCCAGAAAUAAAGGGCGAAAAACAACUAUAGUAGUAACAACAACCCCAAAAAUAAUGAAUCCAACGGUUAAAACGAAAACUAGGCUUGAAAAUGUUACACCCUCCCAAUUGGUAAAAACGAUAAAACCGUUAAAGUACGAUUAUUUCGAAAAUUUUAGUGGAAUUUUAAAAAGCAUUCCAGAACAUAGUAAGGUACUUAUUGAUGAUAACGGAAUUAUUCAUUGUUUGGAUCAAGGAAAUUUUCCUCAUCCAGUUUCUUGCAAAAAAUUUAUAUCUUGCGCGAGAAUGGAAGGAAGAGUUUUAGGUUGGGAAUACACGUGUCCUAAAAAUUUAAGUUUUGAUCCAAUCGGUGGGUUAUGUAAUUGGUCCGCUGACUUAGGAUGCGACGAAUAAAUGGAAUCAGAAUUUUCUUUUUAUUAAUUACUUAAUAAUUGUAUUUAUUUGUUUAGUUUGUA